AUGAAUGUUCGCCCAACCACAGCAAGCUCCUCGUCAAAGCAAGGAUCUCGAAAACAACAGCUGACACACGAUCAACCAGCACAGACAAGACAACAACCAUUGAAUCAAUCACAACCACUUCAACAUCCUCAUACAAAUCUUACUGUCAAUCCAAUCUAUCUUGACGACAACAAGAAAAAGUCAUCAACCUCCAGUCUGACUGUCGAGUCUGCAGCUCUGGACAUCACCACUCACCAACCACCGUCUGCAUGCUACUUGAUGACGCACACACCUUCGGACAUGCAAAAGACAAGUCAAGUGAUCACACCAUCAGUCUCUCACCUGACUCAAGAAGUGAUCCAAAACAUAAUCUUGACCACCACUCCAAAUCACAACAGUCAACCAUCAAAUUUCAAAAAUGCCGUAUUUGGAAGUACAAGCCCAAUUCUCAUGAUCCCAAUACUCCCUCCUAGUUCAAAUGCAUGCUCCAACCAAACUCCAUGCAUGACCCAAAGCAGUCCCCUUCACCAUCACGAUCAUCCAUCCUAUUCAAUAAUGAAAGCUUCAUCAUCACCGAAUAAGAAGCCCGAAUCGACAGCGCAAUUUAUUUUUCCGAUUCGCAGCACCACAAAAAUUUACGAUACGCCAUUAGCACCUUCCUCAUCUUCCUCCUCGUCGUUAGCCAGAAGUAGCAGUAGUAUUGGAAACAAUCAUCAUAACAACAAUACUACAAACAUCAACAACAAUUUGUUCUACAACCAAUUCGGAGAUUGCUCAAUCACUAAUUAUAAUAGUUCUACAAGUUUUGGUUUUAUGGGGUUUGAUUCAGUUCCCAAUAGUAAUUUUAUUUCCAACAACAACAACAAUAAUAGUAAUGAGUGUUUUUAUUAUCUGAAUCCAUCAUCAUCGCCACCAACUGCCCAUGUCGGAUUUGUAAAUAACGAUCUAGAUUCUAAUUCCAUAAACAUGGGCAUAGAGACCAUGCAGCAACAACAAAAUAUUAAUAUAUCGGGGUUACUAAAUUCCAUGCUGAGCCAAAUGGCUCAUGACAACACAAAUUCGUCAUCAUCUGCAAUAUCAAGUACCAACCAGAACAACGUCUCACAGCAAACAAAUUCUGUCCCUCCUUCUGAAUUCGCGCAAUCUCCGAACCUUUUUAUCAACACCAUCAACAACAUAACCAGUAUUCCGAUUUCACUCUUUGGCAUGAACACCCCCCAAACACAUCCGCUUUCUCAACGCCAACAGCAACUUGGCGAAAACAAGAGCAAUGUCACGAUUUUUGCAACAGCCAAUGCACAUGAUAAUUUGACUUUGAACGCUGCAACAAUGCAACAAUUUCAUCUCCCUCAAGCAGGCAUUCCUAUGACCUCCAACUCUAGCCUUCCUAUUUCCACAAAUUCUUCUUUCAUUAACACCUCUCCAACUCCGAUACUAAUGAAUCCGCCAAUAAUAGAGAAUCCUUCAAACUCGUUGAAUUUAACACCACAAUCUUUAUGUAAUUCCAGCACAGACAUAACAGCAACAGGUGAAGUUGAUCUACCCAAUCAAUUCGCAGUUCUACCCAAAAAGCCAGCCAAAGCAAGACGAACUUCACAAAACACUGGAUCAAUGGUGGCAACAAAUUUUCAUCCUGUUACUGGCUCUACAGACACUACAGUUGGCCUGUCCUCGACACUGAAUUCACUCAAUAGCUUAUUGCUAAAGAAAAUGGCUGUGGAUGUAUAUUAUGAUAUUACAAGUGCAGGCCAUCCUUUUUUACCUAGAGAAGAGUUGGAAAGAUUACCUGUAAAUGAUGACCAGAAAAACAACCUUGCCUUCAUGUUUUCGCUCCAAGCAUUAUGCUAUCAACGUUUUGGAAUGGCAAAGCAAGCUACUGAAUCUUUUGAGAAAGCCAAAAGCCUUGCUUUAAUUUCUGCGAACGAAAGCAAUGUUUUUAACACUGCCUGUACACUCUGUAAUUUGGCCAUGUACUGUAACUCAGCUGGCGAUAGGGAAAACGGACAAAUAUUUUCCAAGUUCAUAAACUUGAAGAUGUUGAGAGAUCCCAAUUUUAGAGAACAUCAAAAUCCAGAACAGUUGAAGGCUCUCAUUCAGAUGAAAAAAAUUGCAGAUAUUGCAGGAGGAACAGGAUACUAUGGCGAUGACACAGAUUUGAGCGAAAUUUCUAAGCUUAUUCUUUCAAUUUAUCAAUAUGCAACUGGAGGAGAGAGACAAAUUCCUCCUGAAAUGAUGAUGAUUGCGAAACAGCCUCUCAAUAUGGAAACUCUUCCUCAAUAUUUAAGCUUAUUGGAUUGUGUGAUGAAACUGAUGCUCAUUUACGAAUCAAAAGGUCAACAUUUUUCUCAGACCCAAAAGAAGAUGACCAAAUAUAUUUAUUAUGGCAUGUCCUAUGGCUUGAAAAUAGUUCUCCUCAAAAUUUCUGGCUAUGAAGGACCAGAAUUAGAAGAGGCUGCAGAUAAAAUUACUCAGCUCUGUCGAACAUCAACCUUCACCUUUGUACCAGCAUUCUUAAUUGAACCUGUAGGCGCCGCAAUGGAUGUACAUUUUCAAAUACUGAAAAAGGUUGAUCAAGGAGAAAGAAGCAGUGUAGAUGGGCCUAAAGCAUCAAGAUUAUUACGAAGAGAUAUCGAAGCGAUCAAACUGUUGAAAUUACGAUAUCCUUUGGUGUGCGCAAAAUUUGAUACUCUUGUUGAAGAAGCUGAAAAGCUACUCGAUCGAAGAGGUAAAGACUUGACCCUUAUUGAAGGAGAGGUACCUGCUUCUGUUUCGAGCAAGAGAAAGAAUCAUAAUGAUGAAGAUGAAUACUCACCCUCUCGAGGUUAUUCUGCAAAUUAUGUACCUCCAAAGAAUCAAAAUCCUCCCACAUCCAAUCUCCAUACCAGUACUUCUGAACAACCUUCAUCAUCCUCAAAUGCAGCUAACUUGGAAAUUGGCAAUUUUACAUUUACUUCUAUUAGCAACAAUCACGUGAUAUCAGGAAAUAGCAACGAUAUUGGUAUUAAUCCAAUAACAUUUUUAUCUGCAGAGGACUAUGAGCUUUUGUUUGGAGAUGACGACACUGAUGACGAGCAACCAUUUGAGCUGUAG